GUAAGAGCUUCUUUGACACCGAAUUUCAGGACACGCUUAUUGGUUGGCCAAGAAACUCAGAGAUUAAACGCUAUGUAGUGUUUACAAAACGACACCCUCAAGUGAAACCAACUCUUUCUGCAUACCACUCGAGCUCAAACUUCAAGUGGGUUUCUGAUGUCAUGGGUUUGAAUGAGUUACUAAGCAAAACCCAUGUAAGAGAAACGUUUAUAGAGAUAAUAGCGUAUGUGGUUCCUUUGUGGAUAGCAUUUUGUGUGGGAUUAAUUAUUGGCUGGGUUUGGAAGCCUAAAUGGGCAAAUUCAGGAAGACAAAAGCUGGUUUCUUCCUUUGCUUCUGUGUCAUCAUCUACUGAAUAUGGUGAAUGCAGUAAAUUGCGGCUGAAUGAAGAUCGGAGUAACAUUGCAACUAAGGAAGAUUUUGAUCAUCUAUGGAAGCUUGUUAUGAUUAAAGAUGGAGGUCCUCCUUGGAUAAAAAUGAUGGAUCGUUCUACUCAAACUAUGAGCUACCAAGCAUGGCGGAGAGAACCUAAGAAUGGCCCUCCUCAAUAUCGUAGUAGAACUGUCUUUGACAAUGCCACGCCAGAGAUUGUGAGGGACUUCUUCUGGGAUGACAUGUUCAGAUCAAAGUGGGAUGACAUGCUUGCACAGUCAACAACGAUAGAAGAAUGUGCCACUACUGGAACCAUGGUAGUACACUGGAUUCGUAAGUUUCCCUUUUUUUAUAGUGACAGAGAAUACAUCAUAGGACGUCGGAUUUGGGAAUCUGGAAGAUCUUAUUACUGUGUUACAAAGGGUGUGCCUUGUAAGUCUGUUCCAAGGCGUGAUAAACCAAAACGUGUUGACCUUUAUUACUCAAGUUGGUGCAUUCAAGCAGUGGAAUCAGGAAGAGGUGAUGGCCAGCUGACUGCUUGUGAGGUGUUACUCUUCCAUCAUGAAGAUAUGGGUAUUCCAUGGGAAAUUGCAAAGCUUGGAAUAAGGCAGGGGAUGUGGAGAACCGUCAAAAAGAUUGAGCCUGGAUUACGUGCAUACCAAAAAGAAAGAGCAUCUGGAGCACCACUCUCUCGGCCCGCAUUAAUGGCGCAAAUCAACACCAAGAUUGAUCCAGUGUACCUGAGAACCCUGGAAGGCGCUGAAGAUUUGUCAGAGACUGAAGUGGCAACUAAAUCUGACCAACCGCUCCAUUGGAACAUACCAAAGCUCAUAAUUCUUGGUGGGGCUAUUGUUAUUGCAUGUAGCCUUGAGCAAGGAUUCUUGCCCACAGCGUUUAUAUUUGGUGUCGGCAGAAGGAUUGCGAAUAUGGGAAAGAGAUUGUGAUUUUAAGAGCUGGAAAUUGAUCGAAAGUCAUCAUUAGGUAGGUCACUUUUUGUACUAGCGAGGUAGUUUUUUUUCUGGCUUGCCACCUUUUACACUGGACAUGUGCAUGGUUAACCAUGUAUGGAUAACCUUUUAAAGAUGAUGAAAGGUAAUAUAUCUUACUGAUUUAUAUUAAAUGCA